AUGUACGCAAAAACAAGGAGCCACGAUUGGUCGGGUGAAGACCCACCCAACAAAUUCGCGUGGAAUUCUGCUAACAAGAAGAGAAUUGUGCUUUUUCGAACAAACGAGACCAUCUUUGCCGAGAUGACUGUGGAACUUGCGAUGCUAGUGACCUGCACUCAAACUCACGUUGUACUCGUUGAUCCUAUAUCCGCUACGCUUCGCCCUCGACUGGGUUCACAAUGCCAACACCGUCGAAUCCACAACGUUUAUGUGGAGAACAAAUCGAAUUGUAUGAAUCGUUCACAUCCACUAGUGGUCAACAUCGAUCCGAUUGAUGCAAAUCCUCGUACCGAUGCAAUCAUUUUAAUUUCGUGUGCUUCCUUUAACGAAGAUCUCAUUCACGAAAGAGUGUUUUCCACUCACAUGGAUAUCCAAAUUUCUCUGAGUGCCGAUGGUUCACUCAACGUCGAACUCGUCGAGCGGGACGUACUCCUUGUCGCUGCGCGGUACGCGGUGCCCACAUUGUGUCAGGUCACCUCAGAAGAUGGCGGUGACCUAAAAAUCCUCCAACUAACCGACGUGGGCGGCUGCGUAGUUUCUUCCGAGAUCUCACCGUUCGUACGGAAGCUGACCGACCACGGCACUGCGUACUCUGCUCGUCUGAAUUCAUCCAUCUUCGCCGGGAUGGCCGCCUCACAAAUCCAGUGUUCAAUGGUGGCAUGUGGAGAGUCGUGUAUUAAUGUGGGUCAAUUAAUUAAUUAA